GCUACGCGUCUGCGGCGUCUGCGACCUGGGUCUAUAUUCGUUGUAUAUUUGCUAUGUUUAUUUUGGUUUUUGGAUUAUUAUGAAUGACGUUUAUAGUGAGUAAAUUGGAACUGGUUUAGUUAAGAAUAGGAAUUAAAUUCGAAAUGGAGCGCAGUGUAGGUUUUAAAGAUUCUUUAAACCAUUUAGUAUUAACAUGCAGUGAAGAUAAAGAUUUCCUUAAGCUAGAUGUUAAAUUAGAAGUAGAGGAACAUAUCCUCGAAAACAAAUAUACAGAAGAACCUCUAUCAGCAGAGUCUUCUACAGAGAAUAUUACCAAUAUUACACUAGAAAACCAUUCAGUAAAAGACGAAACUAGUAAACCAUCUUAUAUUGUUGCAAUACAAAAUGUUACGAGUGAAAUAAAGGAGGAACUGGAGGAAAGUAUCUUAAUUGUAAAUCACAGCAAAAAUAAAUUUAAGAAGGCAAAUUUAAAGAAAUUGGAGACAAAUAAUUCAAAUGAAGUUAACAGAAGUAGUCAUCCGCAGAAUAAGAUAAUACAAGUUAUGGAACAACAUAUGCAUCAGGACUAUGAAGAAAAAUGUCACCAUGGUAAAUUUAAAUGUGAUAUUUGUUUUAAGCACAGUUCUGAAAUAAGUCAUUUAAAACAGCAAUUAACAAUGUACACCGGUGGCGAACCUUUUGAAUGUGAAAUUUGUUUUACGAAAUUUACCCAAGAAUGGAAAUUGAAAAAACAUUUGGAAAUACAUACUGGUGAAAAUUCUUUAGAAUGUGUAAUUUGUUCUAGAAAUUUUAGUGAUAAACGUGACUUGAUAAAUCAUUUGAACACAUACAUUGGAGUAAAAUCUUUCAAGUGUGAAAUUUGCUUUAAAAAGUUUAUUUGUGCUGAUACUUUAAAGAAUCAUUUGAGUGUUCAUAAUGGAAAAAAAAUUUUCGAGUGUGAAAUUUGUUUUAAGAACUUUGUUAGAGUCCAUGAUUUGAAAAGACAUAUGAAAACUCAUACUGGUGAAAAAUCUUUUAAAUGUGAAAUAUGUUUUAAACAAUUUGCUCUAAAAGGUAGUUUUAAAAGACAUAUGACAAUACACACUGGUGAAAAACCUUUUGAAUGUGAAACUUCACAUAAUCAGGAGACACAUCCUUUGAAUGCUCACAAUGAAAUGUCUUACAAGUGCGAAGUUUGCUUUGAAAUAUUUUCUAAUGUAACUACUCUGAAAACACAUUUGAGUAUUCAGACUGGAAACAAAAUGUGUGAGUGUCAAGUUUGUUUUAAAAAGUUUUCACGAGCGUGUGAUUUGAACAGACAUUUGAAAACGCAUAGUGGAGAAACAAAUUACAAAUGUGAAAUUUGUUUUAAGAACUUUGUUAACGCUAGUGAUUUCAAAAGACAUUUGAGAACUCAUACUGGUGAAAAACCUUUUAAAUGUGAAAUAUGUUUUAAACAAUUUACUGAAGCCCAGAGUUUAAAGAGACAUUUGGUAAUUCAUACUGGUGAAAAACUUUUCGAAUGUGAAAUUUGCUCUAAAAACUUUUUUCGAGCAGGUGGAUUGAAAAAUCAUUUGAAAACCCACACUGGUGAAAAGCCCUUUGAAUGUCAUAUUUGUUCAAGGCAAUUUGCUCAGAGAUGUUCUUUAAAAAGUCAUUUGAGAACACAUACUGGUGAAAAGCCCUUUGAAUGUGAAAUUUGUUUUAAAAAAUUUACUCAAUCUACCAAUUUAAAAAGCCAUUUGAAAAUGCACACUGGUGAAAAGGCAUUUACGUGUGAAAUUUGUUGUAGGAAAUUUAUUCAUAAAAUUAAUUUGAAGAAGCAUUUGAAAACGCAUACUUAAGGAAAAUUUUUAAAACAUGAAUUGUGGGAUCACAGCAUGUAAUAUCAUCUGAUAUACUUAUCAAACAUUUUUAAGCAUUUCGAGUGUGAAACUAUUCUAAGUAAUAGGUGGAGAAGUAAAAGAGCAAAUAUUGUGGCGCAGGAGUUGCAAACAUUCAUUUGUAUAGACAUUUCAGAGAACCUGAUGUAAAAUAUAUUAAGGUUACACGAUUCAAAUUAAAAUGGAAAAGAUUCCCUUGCCGACCAAUUCAUCAAUCUGUUUGCUUUGCAAGUUGUAGAAAGCACAGUGGUAAAGAUUUGAAUUCAGUUUCGCCAUGAAAGAAAUCUCAUGAUUUCUCUUGUUAUUAGAUGACCAGAUAGACCAACAAAAUGAAACAGAUACUAAGGGUUGCCGAAAUGAAAACCCUAAGAACAAUAUGAUGACAUAAUGAGAAUAGACUCCCAAAAAAAUUGCCCUAGAAAACAACCCUCCCGGUUCAAGACCUCCCGGAAGACCACCUAAAAGAUGAAGGGAUAGUUGGUAAUCUACCUCCCAGGAAAUUAAUCAGAGACAGCUUCAGAAUUAAACAGAUCGAAAUAUAGAAGAAGCAGAAGUUAUUAGAUGGCGUUGUUACGCCUAUAAAUAAUUAUUGUUCUACGACGGGAUAUAUUUUGUUUCGAUUCAGAGCAGUGGCAUAUACCGCUCUGAUGAGACCUAAUAGGCUGAAAUACCUAUACACCCUUCAUCGAAAUAAACAUCCAAUACCGUCAUUAUGUUUUAAAAUGGAAAAGAUUUUAAUUAAAGAGGAUCCGUCGUACGUCGAAUCAAGGGAGGAACAAACCUUAGGUACCUUAAUGGCAACAGUCUGUUGAAUACAGAAAGGAUUUGGCUCAUAAUGUGCUAUAGUACCACUGAUGAUCAUUCAUUUAAAAUAUUAGUUAAACAAUUUAAUUUUUUUAACUAUAUGGGAUUAAAACAAUUGUUUGUUACAUAUAAUACCAUUAUUGUCAGUAUGUCAUUUUAUACAUUAUUAAAAUGUAUUUCUUGAAGUUAAGAAACUCAUUUGUUUGAUUGCAAAAGAGAACUUCUAGAGAUUGUCUGUAGCCAACCUGGUUCCAUAUAUGUCUCAUGAUUUUGUAGGGUUGCCUAAACUAUAUUUAUGUUUGAAUUUGUUACAACAAAACCAGCAAUAUGCUUUAAAGAUCCAGAUGAAGUUUUUCUUUCACCUAAUAAUAAUUGUCCGCGACUUUCAAAAUGUCAUCGUCAAUUAUAUGAUUCUCCUCCAAGUAGUGAGCUUCUAUAAAUGUAUUUUGAAUUAUUUUAUCCUCUUCAGACUGAGAUUCUUUCGAAUCUUCAGUAUUUUCUACCAAAUUAGACAGCAAUUUUUACGCCAGAUUCACUAGUUUCGACAGUAAUGUGACAUUCUAUAAAUAUCGCCACCGAAUAUUGUUCUAAAAUAUACCACCUUAAUCUAUAUUUAAAAUCUAUUGGUAUCCCCCUCUGUGGCUCAGUGGUAAGAGCGCCUACCUUUAAACCUAAAGGUCGUGAGUUCGAAUCACAUCUGGGUAGAGAAAUUUUCGUUUAUUAAAAAUUAAUGAAUGAAAAUAAUUUCUAUCCAUGUGCGAUCGGUACACACCGGAGGGACGGAGGGACCUCAGACGUUCGGAUACAAUUAGCGUCUCUUAGCAAAGACAAUGACGUCGACUUUGCUAAGUAUCAAGACAAUUACUCUACACAUACACACACACUACACUAGGUACCUGACUGUACCAUGCCAAUGAUCAUAGUUGUCGAGGCAUUAACUAAAAAAAAAAAAUCUAUUGGCGAAGGAUGAUCAUUUACAUCACCCAUUCUUCGAAUAUAAGAAAAAAAAUUCUCUAGCACUUCUUGAUUCAACCUCGAAAUAUAGUUAACGUUGUAUUUUCUUUGUAGGUAAGGAAGUACCUCUUUCAGAGAUCUUAUGGUAGACCAUAUUUCUUUUUGAAAUGGAAUAAGUCCUUUAUGUUUAUCAACCCGCAUUGAAUUGAUCAUUUCUGACAUUUCAUCCAGUAGACGUGCCUGCUUAUCUAAAUCUGUACCAUAUGCAUUUCGUGUUCCAGUAAUUAUCUUUUGGCAUGAGUCCAUUUUCUCCAGCAUAGCUAAUAGCUUUUGCUACAGAAUUUUACACUAAUUGAACUGCAGGUCACUCUUUGCCUCAUAGAGCCUUUUAAACAGAGAUGAUGUAAUGUCAAUUUAUCUGCAAUUGUCAAUUUAGUAGCGCUUCAAAGUAAUCAUUGUUGAUUAUUGUCAAUAAGAAAACCAUGAUCAAUUACAUGAUUUCGGGCAAAUUAAAUCAAAUGUGGAGGGUCUGCAAAAACCAAAUAUUUAAACUUAUCACAGGGGUGAUUAGUUUACUAAAGCAGAGUAUAUUGCUUAAUAAAGAAUUCUUUAGCAAUAUACUGUGACUAAAGUAUCUAGACUAGACAAUAUUCAUAAUGGAAAUUUUUCACAUUUGCUCUCGGUGAAGAUAGCUUCAAAUUAGCCGCCACUUAAGUUUCACAAAAGGAUAUGAAGGAUGAAUAAAGAAAUAGAAAUUUUAAACAAGAAAAUUGGAAUAUCUCGGACAUAUUACAAGUGGAGGGAAAUACACCUUGCUCCAACUGAUUAUACAGGGAAAGAUCCAAGGAAAGAGAAGCAUAGGGAGCCGUAAACUAAGAGAGUGGUACGGAUGUAGGGGAGAGUCACCCAAGUUGGGACAGUUUUUUUUUAUAACAAAUACUUGAAAAUCUAUAGAUAUUAAAAAAAAGUUUAGGUAAUAAAAUGAAACUUUAUUCUAAUUAUUAACACAUUAUAGAUAUAAACU